GGAAUGUUUCCCGCCAGUUCUCUCUAUCUCUCUCUCUCGCACUCUUAAACCCUCUCACUCUCUCUCUAACACACUUUCUCUCUCUUGAAACUCUAACCCUAGGAUAGGAUAGCAGCAACUCCGCUGCACCGAUCCGGUACAUCAAUGGCGGAGACCCCACAGAGAGCCGUACAUCCCACAAGAAGAUCCAAUCAACCACCUCUCCAUUUCAAUCCCAAGCUUUCUCCCUCUCUCACCCCAUCAACCCCUCCAACCACAUCUCCUCGCCGAUCGACCCGCCGAGUCUCUCUAGCAUUCAACGCCGGCACUCCCCGGAAGCCCACUGAUCCAAUCGAGAAGCCCGUUGACGAUUCAGUGAGGGAAACUCCGGGAAGGACUCGAAAAGCAUCGAAUAGGAAAUCGCCUCGGAGAUCCAUCAAUUACGCUGAAGAAACCCGAAAUGAUUCGGCGGAGAAGACACCGAAAGUUGGAAAAAUUUGUGAACUUCCAAAAACCCCUAGAUCUACUAGAAAGGGCUCGAAUUCGACUAGAAAAGAUGAGGAGAGCGGUUGGACUGAAGUUGAAGUUUCGUUCUCUCCGGUGUCGCCGGACCAACCGGAGAUAAAGAAGAGGAAAAUGGCCAAAGAAAGAACCGUAAUUACGAGAUCUAGGACUUCAAAAGAUGAGGAUUUUGAGAAGAAGAAGAAGAAGAAGAAGAAUGGGGGGGCGGUACCGAAGAAGCGAAUCUAUUACAAGAAGGUUGUGUAUGAUGGGGGCGAGUUUGGGACUGGGGACGAUGUGUACGUGAAGAGAAGAGAGGAUGCAAGCUCGGAAGAUGAAGACCCAGAAGUGGAGGACUGCAUGCUUUGCUUCAAGUCUGGGAGGGCUGUGAUGAUCGAGUGUGAUGAUUGUUUGGGUGGGUUUCAUUUGAAAUGUUUGAAACCGCCAUUGAAGGAGGUCCCAGAAGGAGAUUGGAUAUGUGGGUUUUGUGAGGCUCGGAAAAUGGGUAAAAGCGUCCAGCUUCCGAAGCCACCAGAAGGGACAAAACGGGUCAGAACAAUGAGGGAGAAACUUCUAUCUAGUGAUUUAUGGGCUGCUCGUAUUGAGAGUUUAUGGAAAGAAGUAGAUGGUAGCUACUGGUCUCGUGUGCGUUGGUAUAUAAUACCUGAAGAGACUGUUUCGGGAAGACAACCUCAUAAUCUCCGGAGGGAGCUUUAUAGGACGAAUGAUUUUGCUGACAUUGAGAUGGAAUCCAUCCUUCGUCAUUGUUCCGUAAUGAACCCCAAAGAAUAUGCUAAGGCCAGCAAUGAAGGGGAUGAUGUAUUUUUAUGUGAAUAUGAAUAUGACAUUCAUUGGCACAGUUUCAAGCGUCUUGCUGACAUUGAUGCUGGUGAAGAGGAUGGUGAAGAUAGUGAUGAAGAUUACAAAGUCUGCAAGGAUUUGGACUCUGACACAGAUGAAGACAUGGACUAUGAAAAGGAAAGCAUCGAAAAAAUGUUAGCUAAACAACAUCCAGCUCAUGAGAUGGCUGCGAAUUCACGGAAGGGGCGGUUCUUUGGGCUUCAAAAGGUAGGGAUGAAGAAAAUUCCAGAGCACAUAAGAUGCCACAAGCAGACUGAACUUGAAAGAGCAAAAGCAACACUGUUGUUGGCAUCAUUGCCAAAGAGUCUUCCUUGUAGGAAUAAAGAAACAGAGGAGAUAACAACCUUUAUCAAAGGUGCCAUCUGUGAUGAUCAAUGUUUGGGUCGUUGCCUUUACAUUCAUGGUGUUCCUGGAACUGGGAAGACAAUGACUGUACUUUCAGUAAUGAGGAAUCUAAGGUCUGAAGUUGAUGCAGGAAGUAUAAGACCCUACUGUUUCGUGGAGAUUAAUGGUCUAAAACUGGCAUCACCUGAGACUAUUUAUAGGGUAAUAUAUGAAGCAUUAACUGGGCACAGGGUUAGUUGGAAAAAGGCUUUGCAAUUGCUGAAUGAACGUUUUUCUGAAGGGAACAAAUUUCGAGAAGAAGACAAUCGGCCUUGCAUUCUUCUCAUUGAUGAACUUGAUCUUCUUGUGACUAGAAAUCAGUCGGUUCUGUACAACAUUCUUGACUGGCCUACUAAACCACACUCAAAGUUAGUCAUUAUAGGCAUAGCAAACACGAUGGAUCUUCCAGAGAAGUUGCUUCCUCGUAUUUCAAGUCGUAUGGGAAUCCAAAGACUUUGUUUUGGCCCCUAUAAUUAUCAGCAACUUGAAGAAAUCAUUUCAAGUCGCCUUAAAGGAAUUGAUGCAUUUGAAAAACAAGCUAUAGAAUUUGCUUCAAGAAAGGUAGCAGCUAUUUCAGGAGAUGCUCGUCGUGCCCUAGAGAUUUGCAGACGUGCAGCAGAAAUUACAGAUUAUCGUCUAAAGAAACUAACUUCAACUUCCAAUGACAUUUCUGAAGGGAAAACACUUGUUGGUAUGGCAGAAGUUGAUGCAGCAAUUCAAGAGAUGUUCCAGGCACCUCAUAUGCAAGUGAUGAAAAAUUGUUCUAGACUGAGUAAAAUUUUCUUGACUGCUAUGGUUCAUGAACUCUAUAGAACAGGAAUGGGUGAAACCAGUUUUGAAAAGUUGGCAACAACGGUCUCAUGUCUCUGUACAAACAACGGAGAAACAUUUCCCGGAUAUGACACACUCUUGAAAGUUGGUUGUAAGCUUGGUGAGUGCAGAAUUAUUCUAUGUGAACCUGGAUCUAGGCACAGGCUGCAAAAAUUGCAGCUCAACUUUCCAAGUGAUGAUGUAGCAUUUGCACUCAAGGACAGCAAGGAGCUUCCAUGGUUGGCCAAAUAUCUUUGAUUCAGGACACCAACAGACUCUUUCUAAACAUCCAAUUUCAGUAACAUUUUUGUUGUUGUACUCAUUAUUUUAAUUGUAUAUAAUUAUUGUUUUCCCUAUUUUCGCCAUUAAAUUGUUGAUUAUGGGCAAAAUUGUUAAACAAUAUAAUCCAAUUGUACUGUUGUUGAGUUGAUAAUAGAAACCCAAAAAUAUUUUUUAGUUGA